AUGACGGGGAUCUCAUCUGCCCACCCCUUCUACCCCCUUGGGGCCAAUAUCGUUGGCUAUUCGCCCAACCAAUCCUCCGUCCUCGAGCUACUCGUCACAGCCGGCGGAGGCUGCGCGGCCCUUCUCGGAUUGACCUUUGCCAUGGCCAGUUAUGUGCGACCGACGCUCCGUCUGGCCGAUCGGAUUGCGAUUCUGUGGUUUGUGCUCUCCGGCACGCUCCACUGUUUCUUUGAAGGCUACUUCAUGAUCAACCAUGACCAUAUGGCCUCGGCCCAGGACUUGUUCGGCCAGUUGUGGAAGGAGUAUGCUUUAUCCGACUCUCGAUACAUGACAUCGGACACGUUGGUGUUGUGCAUGGAGACGAUGACCGUGUGUACCGUACAUUGUGCGAUACGCGAGGCUGCCAUUUCAAGACUACUUCCUACCAGUUCCACUGACCCGCUUGUUUCCCAGCUGCUGUGGGGGCCUCUUUGCUUCGUUGUUGCAUAUCUGACCGCAACCCGGCAUUCCUUGCGCCACCCCAUGCAGUUGAUCGUGUGUAUGAGCCACCUCUAUGGAGAUACACUGUACUAUGCGACUAGUCUCUUCGAUCAUUACGUGAACGAUAUACCAUACAGCCGACCAGAGCCCUACUAUUUCUGGCUGUAUUACUUCUUCAUGAACUUUAUCUGGAUUGUGGUUCCGUUUUACUACCUGGUCGACAGCAUCCGCACACUCUCGGCUGCGAUUCGGGCCCAGCAGGAGUCAGGCGCGAGGCGUAAAGCCCAAUAG